AUGUCGGACUCGGCACCCCCUACAAAGGCGAUGCAGGAUGAGCGUAUCGAGUUCGCUCCCGCUGCAUCCUCGCAGCCCGUGCCUCCUCAAGGCGAAUCCCAACCCGAAGGCCAAAAGAAAGACAAAGCCCUCGAGCUGAUCGAAGAUGUCGGCCACUCGACCAUCCUCACCCCUGAAAACAACAAGCGUGUCCUCCGAAAGAUCGAUCUGAGACUGCUCCCUAUCCUCCUGGGUAUCUACUUCCUGCAGCAGCUCGACAAGUCGACUCUCUCCUACGGCUCGGUCUUCGGCCUCAUCGAGGAUGCAAACCUUAAGGGUCAGGAGUACUCCUGGCUCGGAUCGAGUAUUUAUCUCGUUCAACUCGUUGCCCAGCCUGCUAUUGCCUAUAUCCUUGUCAAGAUUCGACUCGGAAAGUUUCUGGGUGUCAUGGUGUUCUUCUGGGGUAUUUCACUUGCCUGCAUGACCCCGGCGAAGACAUUUGGGGGUUUGCUCGCUUGUCGAAUCUUCUUAGGUCUUUUUGAGGCUGGUAUCCCACCCGCCUUCAUCGCCAUCACGCAAAUGUGGUACCGUCGUCGAGAGCAACCGAUGCGGCUCAGUUCCUGGUAUGCAAUGAACGGCGUAGUGAACAUGUUUGGAAGUCUGUUCGCCUUUGGUCUGGGCCACAUCAACUCCAGCCUCGCGCCAUACCAGAUCAUCUUCCUCUUCUUCGGGUGCCUGACUGUUGCGUUUGCUUUUGUUGUCUUUAUGUUCCUCCCCGAUUCCCCGACACAAUCCAAGUUCCUCAACGAGGAGGAUAAGCUACUUGCAAUUGAACGACUCCGCAUGAACCAACAAGGUAUCGAAACCCACGAAUGGAAAUGGGCACACGUAAAGGAAGCCUUCCUAGACCCCAAGUCCUUCUUCUGGUUCGCCCUGAUGUUCUCCAUCUCAAUCCCCAGCGGCGGCAUCACCACAUUCGGUCCCUUGAUCAUUGAAUCCUUCGGCUUCGACCAGCUCAACACUAUGCUCUUCAAUAUGCCCUUUGGAGCCAUCCAACUGGUCGCGACUCUUGGAGGCGCGUGGCUUGCGACUCGGUACAAAACCAAGGGAGGUGUUGUUGCAUUGCUCUGUCUCCCUGCUAUUGCUGGCUGUGUGAUGCUGCUGGAGAUCCCUCGUGGCGAGUCUCACAAGGGGCCGUUGCUUGCUGGGUAUUAUAUUGUAAGCUCAUCGUGAUAUCAUUAUCUAAAAGCAUUUCUAAC